GUUGCCAUAUCACUCUGGCUCUUACUGAAGCGCUGCUCCGCUCGCGCGCCUCGGCAGUCCUUCUCAUGUUUAAUUAUUUUUUUUUUCCCUCCCGGAAAUUAUUUAUUUCCCCCUAAUCAGUCAAACUAGUUUAGACUCCUGACAGCUCUGUGUGUGUGUGUGUGUGUGUGUGUUUCCUGCACUGUUGUCUCCUGCUCGGGACGAAGAGAGACCAGGACUCCGUUUGGACAUUCUCCUUCCCCAGACUUCUCAACGGGACACUAGGAUCGCCUCUGUGGGAGAACGUCGAGGAGAAUCCAGCGGAGUCUGUCUUUCAUUCGCCCAGCAUGAGGCAGCAUGUGUUUACUCUCAAUAUAGCACAGAUCCUGUAGUUCAAUGACACAGCAUGAAAAAGGUUAUGAGCGCCUGUAGAGCUUGGUGAUUCAGGAGUCAGAGACGAGCCAAUGAGAGGAUGGCCAGAGGUCACAUGAUCUACAAAGCCGCCGUCCAGCUGAUUCUGCCGAUGCUGCUGAGUGUGCUGCCGCUCACACACACUCAAAUUCCACCUCGUUUCACCCGGACACCCACUGACCAAACAGGUGUGCAGGGUGGAGUGGCUUCCUUCGUGUGCCAGGCGACAGGAGACCCACAGCCCCGAAUCUCUUGGAGCAGGAAGGGCAAAAAAGUCACCAACCAGAGAUUUGAGGUGAUUGAGUUUGACGACGGCUCCGGGUCAGUCUUGCGCGUGCAGCCACUGCGGACCCCACGUGAUGAGGCUAUAUACGAAUGUGUGGCAUCUAACGAGGCCGGAGAGAUCAGCGCAUCCACCCGCCUCACUGUGCUGCGCGAGGACCAGCUUCCUCCCGGCUUCCCGUCCAUAGAUAUGGGUCCCCAGCUCAAGGUGGUGGAACGUUCUCGCACAGCCACCAUGCUGUGUGCAGCCAGCGGCACACCUGACCCAGAGAUUACCUGGUUUAAAGACUUCCUUCCCAUCGACACAUACACUCACGGACGCAUCAAACAGCUGCGCUCAGGUGCACUGCAGAUUGAUCGGAGUGAAGAAACUGAUCAAGGGAAAUACGAGUGCGUGGCUACGAAUAGUGAUGGGACGCGUUACUCAACACCCGCUAACCUCUACGUCAGAGUGCGCCGGAUCCCCCCACGCUUCUCUGUGCCACCCAUGGAUUACGAAGUCAUGCCCGGAGGAGGGGUGAACAUCACAUGCCAGGCGGUGGGCGUUCCCAUGCCUUAUGUGAAGUGGAUGCUUGGAACAGAGGACCUGACCCCAGAGGAUGACAUGCCCAUUGGAAAGAACGUGCUAGAACUCACAGACGUGCGACAGUCAGCCAAUUACACUUGUGUGGCCAUGUCCACUCUCGGCGUUAUUGAAACAGUUGCACAGAUCACAGUCAAAGCUCUUCCAAAUCCUCCAGGAGCUCCAGUUGUCAUGGAGCGUUCAGCCACUAGCAUAACCUUGAUGUGGGACAGCGGGAACCCACUUCCUGUUUCCUAUUAUGUCAUCCAGCACCGACCCGCCUCCUCCCAUGACCCUUUUAAAGAGAUUGAUGCUGUGGCGACGACACGGUACAGCGUUGGCGGCCUCAGCCCCUACUCGCACUAUCACUUCCGGGUCAUAGCUGUGAAUUCGAUUGGCCGCGGUCCUCCGAGUCCUACAGUAGAAGCUCGCACAGCAGAGCAAGCCCCAAGCUCACCGCCACGUAGAGUCAGAGGCCGCAUGCUCAGUGUCUCCACGGCAAUGGUGCAGUGGGAGGAGCCAGAGGAGGCAAACGGACAGGUGGUCGGCUACAGGGUGUACUACACAUCUGAUUCGUCACUGCCAGUCAACCAGUGGGAGAAAGAGAUAGUUCGUGGAGCAAAUUUCCUGACAAUACAGGAUCUGACACCAAACAAGACCUAUUACAUUAGAGUACUAGCUUUUACUGCAGUGGGAGAUGGUCCUCUCUCCAGUGACCUGCACAUCAUUGCCAAAACGGGAGUUCCUUCUCAGCCCACUGAGCUGAAAGCUGAGGUGAAGUCAGAGACAAGCAUACUGCUCUCCUGGCUUCCUCCAGCUCACAGUGGCACUGAUGCCAUCAUAGGAUAUGAACUCAUAUACAGGCUCGGAGACCAGCCUGAGCAGAAGAUUGUGUUUGAACCGAGCUCCAGCUAUGUGCUAAAGAAUCUGAAGCCCUUCUCCACCUACACCUUUCAGUUAGCAGCGCGUAGUAAACAUGGUGUGGGGGCCUUCACCAGCGAGCUCAGCAUACAAACUCCACAAACCUUGUUUGCUGUGAACUUCCAUGUGAAAGCUGCUAUGAAGAGUUCAGUAUGGCUUGCCUGGGAGCCGCGAACCUCACCGAACAAACCCUCAACAUUUAUUAUCUCAUAUGGUGAUGGUCGCAAACUGGACGUAGACGGGCGUCUUGGGCAGCAGCGGGUCUCUGAGUUAAAGCCGCAGUCGCUCUACACGUUCCUCCUGAGUAAUAAAGCAGACGGCAGUGAGGGCCUGCAGCACCGUGCCGACGCCAUGACCGCUCCAAACCUGCUGCCCAGAAAACCUCAGCUAGUGGAGAAGAGCAGCUCUGAGAGCACAGCCACACUUCAGCUGCCCUCCGUGCACACACACGCCCCUGUCAGGGGUUUCUAUAUCGUUGUCGUCCCACUGAAGAGGCAGAGAGGAGGAAACUUCCAGAAUCCUUGGAGUGAUCCAGAUGACAUGAAUUUAGAUGAGCUUCUGAGGACGAUCAAUGGUACGAGCCGAUCGGUACGCUUACGGAGGCAGGCUGAACUGAAGCCGUACAUCAGUGCCUACUUCCAGAAUCUUCCAUCCGAAUUUAAGUUGGGAGACGGGCGUGUGUAUGGAGUGUUCCUGAACCGACAGCUUCUCAACGGACAGGAGUAUGUCUGCUUCGUGCUGGCCAUUUUAGAGCUGGGACAGAAUACCGUGUACUCGACCAGCCCAUUUUCCGACCCACUGGCAUUCUCAGACAUGGAGCCUCAGCCAAUCGUGGAUGAGGAGGAGGGGCUGCUUUGGGUAGUGGGGCCUGUCCUGGCUGUCAUCUUCAUCAUCAGCAUAGUCAUCCUCAUCCUUCUGUUUAAGAGCAAACCGGACAGGAAGCGGGCAGAAUUAGAGGGCAGAAAGUGCAGCUUCCCAAGUAGUGGCAAAGCUAUGAGCUCCCAGCAUCCCUCAGACCCUGUGGAGCUCCGCAGAAUCAACUUCCCAACACCCGGUUUGCGUUCCUCUGGUUAUCGUCGUUUACCAAGUAUGACCAGUCAUCCUCCAGUUCCUGUCUCAGAAUUGCCCAGUUACAUAGAGAGAAAGAAAGCCAACGAGAGCCUGAGGUUCUCGCAGGAGUAUGAGUCUAUUGACCCUGGGCAGCAGUUCUCCUGGGAGCACUCAAACCUGGACAUUAAUAAACCAAAGAACCGUUAUGCAAAUGUCAUCGCCUACGAUCACACCAGAGUGGUGCUGUCUAACAGUGAUGGUCAGCCAGGUGGCGACUAUAUCAACGCCAAUUUCAUUGACGGGUACCGGAGACAAGGCGCCUACAUCGCCACACAGGGGCCCAUGCCAGAUACUAUCAGUGACUUCUGGAGGAUGGUGUGGGAGCAGCACACGGCUAACAUCAUCAUGAUCACCAAACUGGAGGAGAAAUCAAGGAACAAGUGUGAUCAGUACUGGCCGAGCCGAGGCACAGAGACGUACGGCCUCAUGCAGGUCUCUGUGCUAGACACCGUAGAGCUUGCUGCAUACUGCGUCAGGACCUUCGCUCUCUUUAAGAGUGGCAGCAGUGAGAAGCGGGAGGUGCGUCAGUUCCAGUUCACGGCGUGGCCAGAUCACGGUGUACCGGAACACCCCACGCCCUUCCUGGCCUUCCUGCGCAGAGUCAAAGCCUGUAAUCCUCCAGACGCCGGGCCAAUCGUAGUGCACUGCAGUGCGGGUGUGGGGCGUACCGGCUGCUUCAUCGUGAUCGAUGCCAUGCUGGAGCGUGUGAAGCAGGAGAAGACAGUUGAUGUGUACGGUCACGUGACACUGAUGCGCUCUCAGAGAAACUACAUGGUGCAGACGGAGGAGCAGUACGUGUUUAUAUACGACGCGCUGUUGGAAGCCGUCACCUGCGGCAACACAGAGGUGCCUGCGCGCAACCUGUACGCCUACAUCCAGAGACUCACACAGGCCGAGCCACCUGACAACAUCAGUGCCAUGGAGCACGAGUUUAAAAGGUUAGCCAAUGCGAGGGCACACAACUCCCGAUUUGUGAGUGCCAACCUGCCCUGCAACAAGUUUAAAAACAGGCUGGUGAACAUCAUGCCGUACGAGAGCACACGUGUGGGCCUGCAGCCGAUCCGAGGAGUGGAGGGCUCAGACUACGUCAAUGCCAGCUUUAUAGACGGUUAUAGGCAGCAGAGGGCGUACAUCGCGACGCAGGGUCCUCUGGCUGAGACAGCUGAAGAUUACUGGAGAAUGUUGUGGGAACACAACUCCACUAUUGUAGUGAUGCUCACUAAACUUAGAGAGAUGGGAAGGGAGAAGUGCCACCAAUACUGGCCGUCAGAGAGGUCAGCACGCUAUCAGUACUUUGUGGUGGACCCCAUGGCCGAGUACAACAUGCCGCAGUACAUCCUGCGAGAAUUUAAAGUGACUGACGCCAGGGACGGUCAGUCCCGCACUGUUCGCCAGUUCCAGUUCACUGAUUGGCCGGAGCAGGGCGUGCCAAAGUCUGGCGAAGGCUUCAUAGACUUCAUUGGCCAAGUACACAAGACAAAAGAGCAGUUUGGUCAAGACGGACCAAUAACAGUACACUGCAGUGCUGGCGUUGGGAGGACAGGUGUCUUUAUCACUUUGAGCAUAGUGCUGGAGAGGAUGCGCUAUGAAGGAGUGGUCGACAUCUUCCAGACUGUCAAAAUGCUGCGAACACAGAGACCAGCCAUGGUGCAGACGGAGGAACAGUACCAGUUCUGCUACCGUGCAGCACUGGAGUACCUCGGCAGUUUCGAUCACUAUGCAACAUAAAGUGUCUCUGGCUUCUCCCAGUUUCUCUGGACCAGCAGGACAUUUCCUCCCGUGUAAUCUUCUGUGCUAAAUUACUCUCUCCCAGUGCGGCUGUCUUUACACUGUCUGUACUGAGUGUACUGUCAAGCUGUGUGUUCUUGGCUCUGGAAACGUAAGGUAGCACUGAAUUGAUUCAAAGGUCGGUUUAGUUCAGUUCAGUUCAGGGCUAUCUUAAGAUAAGCUUAAAAUAAUCACCAUGAACAUUAAUUCCAGCGCCUGGGAGACGUGUGGUCAAACAACUUUUAUUUCUGAUUGUGUUUUUGAUUGAACUGUACCGCUGAUUAGUUACCAACUUGUAAGAGAUUGGGGCUAAUACCUAAUCACCGAAGUUUUUGAGCUCAUGCAGCACACAACUGCACACAGAUAUGCGCACACACACACACACACACACACACACUCACACACACAAACAAACAAACAAAUACUCACACACGCAGAGUGGACCACUGGCAGUCGCGACUUUUCUCAAAGGCUGUGCAAUACUGAAUAUGACUGCACUUCGGAUUUAACUCGAAAGCACACAGAAUAAGCCACAGUAAUUAUAUGGCCUGUUGAAUUAACUUUUAAAAUAAAUAUUACUAUAUAUACAGUAUUCACAUGUAUGUGGUGGUCUGGGAAAAAUCUGUCAGGUGCUAUAGCUGAAUUCUGGAAAACAUUCAUAAUAUAAGGUUUCUGUCUAUAACAUACUUUUACAUCUCACCUUUUAGAAACCAUAAACAUAUUUCACCAAACAAUGUGAAUAACCUUGUCUAGGCUGUUUCCCUGCAAAAGAUCACGUUGUGUUAGGAGCCAGUUUAACAAACACGGCAGUGAAUGUAGUCAGUCUUUCUAAACCCUUGCUAGUUAAGUGUGAUUUCCUCACUAAGUGAAUGUCACGUGUUAAUCAAGUUGUUGGAGAGCUACGUGUUGUAAUGAAAUGGCUGUAAGUCCCACAGUCCUGAAGUGUUUUAUUCCUCUUACACUACAGCGUUUUGCCAAUGCUAACAAUUAAAAAAAAAAAAUUAUUUGUUUAUCACAUUUAAUGUUCUCAAAAAACAAAAAAACAAGAUAGUUCCUGCAGGUAUAACAGGCAUUCCCUCACCAGCCUCUAUUUUUUCCUCUCUCCUGAAAUAUGCCUGAAAAAAAAAAAAAAAAAUAUACAGCUUGUCAUGUUUCCCGUGUAAAGAAAUACUGGAGACUCCUUUCGAAUAUACUAAUUAAAAAUGUCUCCUCACCAUUUGCACAAGUACACACAUUUUUAAACUGUGCGUGAACGGUUAAGAAAUGAUACAGUAUUAGUAUUAAUAAAGUAUUAGAAAGAGCACGUUAAAAUAAACCUGUCAGAGCUGCUGUUAUCGAAAAUGAAUCAACACCUUCUGACCAAUCGCAUUCAAGAAUUCAACAGCGCCGUGGUAUAAAAUUCUAUAAUUUUACUUCAAGUCUGUAGUUUUCAGAGCUAUACAUAGUAAAAAAAAGUCAAAAACUUCACCAUGUAAAGGGUUUUCCCAGGCUGCCACACAAAUAUUAGCACAUUUACAGUGUCGGUCGUGUUCAACUAUGAAACGUGAGUGAGACACAAAUGUAAAAAAAAAAAAAAAAAAAAAAAAAGAUGGAUUAAUUUCGCACCUGAGAUGAGCAGAGACACAAAGUUCUACAGUUCACCUUAACAAAAUACAUCCACAGUAACACAGACGAUCGUUUCGACAGUAGUAGUGCCUUAUCAUAGUUUUCAAUAGUUUGCUUUCAUUCUACUUCUGUGUAUGUACCUGCAUUUUAGACAAUUUUGAUAAACUAGGAUUACACGUGCCACACCAAAUUUUAAUAUCGCUUGGAUUAUGAGCAUAUAUCUCACAAAACACACUCACGAUUUUUUACAAAGCCAUAUUGAUCAAUCCAAAUUGAUGCUGCCAAGGCCUUUAGGAAUUAUUACUACAUAAAGUGUUUGCAUGCACAUUUUUGGAUGGAUAUACUAUAUUUGACCUAAUUCAUGAAUUUUGAGAACAUUCAUAUUUUAUAUUAUUAGUCAUCAAAAGGAAUUAUAUCAGUUACUAAAUAUUACACUAAAUCCCUCUUGUCUUUCUCACUCUCUCGCGCUCUCUCUCUCUCUCUCUCUUUUUUUUAUUGUAAUUAUCGUAUCUUGCCUCUUGGAGAGCAUGCAGUGUUUGAAAACUUUAGCUAGCGAGGUGCUGCUUUGUCCGUGUAGACAUCUUCACCUUUUGAGGCUUUUCAUGCAGGGUUCCUGGAUAUAUGUAAGUUAUUCUAUAUUAUAUUAUAAUAUAAUUUGCACUAUAAAUGUAAAAGAAAAAAAAAAAACACCAGUUCAACACUCGAGCCACAAACAUGUGCUGGUCAUUUUACACCCAGUGUGUUCAAUUUACUGAAUCUUGAGCUUAUUUUUGCCAUGAAAAGCACUCCCUCAUCCCAGGAACGUAAUCAGCUGUUGAGAUGCGUUAAUGCUCUUAGGGUGUGUGCGUGUGUGUGCGUGUGUGCGUGCGUGUGUGUGCGUGUGUCGACAGCAGCCUCGGUGUUAAUUCACACUGUGGGGAAAGGACACACUCUCGCUCUAUGCACUAACCAUUCCUCAUUCUCGAGUACGGAGUGUUUUUCCGUUAUCACCAUGGUGACCACAGUGUGUGCAUGUUACGAUAUACAACGAAUAUCUUUUGGUGUUAAAGCUUAAGGAGAAUAUACACUUUGUAGUGUUUAGUGUUAAAUGUUUUCCAGAAGACAAGAUGGCGUGAUUGUAGUUCUCUCCGCAUAGUAGCUGAACGAGAGGACAGGACCAAGUUUUCUCAAGGACGCAACUUUUCACCUUGAGCCAAAGCUCCAGCUGAUUUGAAUAUUUUUGGCUCCACUAUAACAUUUAGGACUUCAUUUCCUUCUCUUACACGGUGUUAGGUGUGUUUCUCUGCAUUUAAACAAAUUUGCCAUGAUUAAACUUAAAAAAAAAAAAAAAAAUUUAAUUGCAAAAACUCUAAACAUCAGCCUAACGUUAAUUCUACACAUUUUAUUUCCAUGUUUCUAAUCUCUGUGAAAAUUCAGCCCCUGGUCAACCUUUUUUUUUUUAAUCUUCCAUCCUCCAUGCAGUGCCAGAAAUGUGAACAGUCCAUAUUUGGAACAUUGAUGUUUCAUGUAGAAAUAAAUCAUUACUGUUUGUUUCAUCAUGUGAUAUGACCAAAUAUCCAUUUUAUUGCAUUUUUUUUUUUUUCCACUUUAUAAGAAGUUGAUGUGAGAGUUUCUGCGAUUUUGAACCAUCCAGUCGACGUGAGCACAAGUGAGGCCUGUCUUCUGUUAUUUACCUCUUAUUUUGUAGUAAAUGUAAAUAUUUUAGAGAAAUUAUCUUAUGCUUUUUUAUUUUCCUACUUUUGUUGUGAGAAAAAAAAAGUCAUGUGAGAAUACAGGGGUAUUUGUGGAACUUUUUUUUUUUUGUUUUGUUACAAAUAAACUGGCAACAAAUG